AUGCCCACCCUCGAUCAAGAACAACCUAACCUCAUCACCGUACUUGGAGCCACAGGAAACCAAGGACAAGGUGUUGUUAGAGCUCUGCUAGACUCAACUCACCCCUUCCAAGUCCGUGCAGUUACCCGAAACCCAGAUGGUCUGGCUGCUCGAAACCUUCUGGAACUGGUCGGUCAUCACAAGAGGCUGACACUGAUCCGCGGUGAUGUCUACGACUCGGAUAGCUUGGUAAGGGCCUUUGAAGGCUCUUACGGCGUCUUUGCAAUGACGCAGAGUUUCAUCCCCGGAACAGUGUACCACAAAGAGGAAGAUCUACGCCACGAGCUCGAGGCUGGGCGGAACAUUGUCAAUGCCGCUGAAAAGACCGGUGUCAAGCAUUUCAUCUUCAGCAGUCUUCCAAACAUCCAAAAGGCCAGCAACGGCCGCUACUCCAAGGUGUUCCACUUUGACUUCAAAUCGCAGAUUGAUGAGUGGGCGAGAGAGCGAUUACCAGCCGUCACAACCCUGAUACCAGGAUUAUUCUAUGACAACCUUCAAUGGCCAAACUAUUGUCGCCGAGAUGACGACGGAACAGUCCGAUUCUGUGCUGCAGUUUCCGAGACCACGGUUGGUGAAUGGGUCGACGUGGAGUAUGAUGUUGGGAUAUUUGUUCGCGCGGGAACAGCUAAAACCGCGUCGAAGACAUAUCCUAUUGGGAGUCCAAAGGUCGCUUUCGGGAAGCUACCCGGCAUCCUCUCCACUGUGAUGGGUGUUCCCGCUCGCUACGAGAGAAUUAGUCUAGAGGAAUGGACUUCUACCGUUGUCUCAGUGGCUGGGAAAGGAUUUGAAGAGGACAUACGGCAGAUGGUGCAGUGGGUUGGCGAUGCGCCUGCAGACUUGAUUUGUUACGGAACAAUGUAUCCAGGGGACGACCACUCGUGGGAAGAUCUUGGAGUCAGGGCCAGCACGUUUGAGGAGUGGAUUUUGAGAACCAACUGGCAAGGUCCUUGA